UGUCUAUUUUACUAACAAAACUGCUGACCACAGUUCAUGUAGACUAUAAAUAAAAAAAGUCUUUCAGCAACAGAAACAAAUCUUAAUACUUGAUUGAGAAACUAAAGUCCCUUGAUUCCAUUAAUCAUAUGACAGAAUAUAAAUAAUAUACAAGAAAACUCAGUCAUGCCCUUCUUCUAUGACCUCCAACGUUUAAAUUGGUAAGGACAUAUACGAAGUAACUAUCCACUUAUAAACAUUAAUCUUUAAUAGCAGCAACCCAUACACACAAAGAAACGUAUUAGCGACUAAUAACACCGUUUUGAUUAUUAAUUAGUUAUCGACCAAAAAAACAGUUCUUAUACAAACGAGUUGGGAGUCAGUUCUUAUACAUAUAAAUAAAGGAGAAUUGUUUCAAGAUUAGUCUAGUAAAAAACCGAAAGAAACAAUAUAUAUAAACUGAUGUAUUUAGAUAUAACUCAAAAGAUGGUGAAGAUGAAUCCCAAAACCAUAGUUACAAACCUCCUCCUCUUACUCCUCUUGCAAAUCUCCAACUUCUCCAUCGUUGUGUUCUCUCUGGAGCGGUUAUAUAGGAAACCUUAUAAAUCGGAGUUUAGCAUACGACCAAGCACUGUCACACGUAUCAUCGUGGCCAACGAACUAUGGGGUCUUAAGAAUGGGAACGCUGGCUUUGUAUGUGCUCACGGUCCCAAGGUUUGGCGUAAAAGCAAUCCGGGAGACCGGUACGUUGUAAUCAAGUUCGAACACACUGGUAUUACAAGGUAUAAAUUCGUACAUUGCCAUCUCCGGUCGAGUCGUGGGUAUGUCAAUGUUCCUAUCAAUAUUCACCCUGACACUUCUGCUAGGUGUUACCCUAGUUAUAAAUGCCAUUACUUUAUUAGAAAAGAUGGAGUUUAUUACAAGCCUGAGAAGAAGCUCUUCCCAUGGCUGCCGUUUCCACGCUCUAAAAAUGGACGUCACGCCAAGGCUUAAGUGAUUUAUAGAUAUUGAUUAUGUAUUGUAAGUUUGUAACUUAUAAUACAAUCUUGGUGAUCCACUCAAAAAAAAGUAUUCACUCAAAAUAAAUAAAGAAUACAUACUACUUACUUACGUUCCACGAAUAUAAAUGUUUUGGAAAACAUUGUUUCAUUAUAAUAAAUUUUAUGUUUUCUAUAAAAAAAUAUUAUUUAAUAAUAACAAAUUGAACAUUUCAAAAAAAUAAUAAUAUUGACUUAACUUUACUGAAAUUGAUAAUCACAUAAAUUAAUGCAAUUAUGGUAUAAAUUUAAAUUGUUUUCUUAACAUAUUGAGAUAUCACAUAACUGACCACUAAUUACAAGGUACUAAAAUAUUUUUAAAAUAGUGUAUAGUAUAAAAAAU